CCCUAGUCCCCUCUGCCUCUUUCCGCCCAUCUUUUUUUUUUCCUUUUCGACUUCUUCAUCAAAACUUUGCAUCUUGCAGCUGGCUUAAUUAUUCGAAGAUCCAACUGCAAGCUUGUUUCGGAUUGGGCCAUUUCUACAACACAGCUUCGUUGAACCGCUGCUCAAGCACCUUUGCCUGUAGCUCUCAGGCUGUCAUCGCCCUGAACACCAUAGCUCCAAAAGCUUAAGCUCAAUCAGCAACAUGGUGGUUUUUGAUGGACAUGAGUACUUGACCGCGGAAGAGAAGCGAUUGAAGGAGGAUCGCGAACGCAAAAAGUAUUGGAAGAAAUGGGGUCCCUACGUUUCUGAGAGACAAUGGGCUACUGUCCGCGAAGACUACAGUCCCGAUGGAGACGCUUGGAGUCACUUCCCGCAUGAACACGCCCGAUCGAGAGCCUUCCGUUGGGGCGAGGACGGUAUUGCGGGCGUGUGCGACACCCAUGGCUGGGAAAACAUUGGUUUCAGCUUUUGGAAUGAGAAAGACGAGUUCCUCAAGGAACGUCUUUUUGGCUUGUCCAACCCUCAGGGCAACCAUGGCGAGAGUAUCAAGGAGGCACACUUCCAUCUUGAUAACACACCUACGGUACUUAGCAUCCAUCUUGCGAUACGAUACUAA